AUGCUGAUGCUAUUGUUUCUAGGCACAACAUAUCCAAUGGGGGCUGUCUUCCGCGGCAUGAGGUCCCUUCUCGGCCUCGCAGCACUCGCUGCGAUAGCAUUGGCCAGGACCGAUGUCAUGGUGCCUCUGUAUGUCUAUCCUGGAAACACGACCUGGACAAACCCAAACUGGGAGGCUGCGGUGGACGCAAUAAAGGGGAACCCACACUUGCACUUUUACGUUGUCAUAAAUCCAAACAGCGGGCCUCUUAACACGAGUGAUCCCUCCGGAUACAACGGUGGUUACUGCAAUGUCGACAAUGAGGACUACAUCCCUCAUGGGUGCAACCGCGACUGGACUACGCACCUAGCCGCUAUUAGCAAACUCUCAAAUGCCCAAACUGUUGGGUAUGUGUACACGAGAUAUGGGCAACGGCCGGCCGACGAGGUGAAGGCCGACAUAUUAGAGUGGUCCAAAUGGGACAAGGAGGGGACCUGGGACGCCAACAAGGAGGCCGACAUCUCCAUCCACGGGCUCUGGUUCGACGAGAUCGGCGCGUCCUCCGUGAACGCCUCGCUGUACCAGGAUCUGGUCACGUACGCCAACGAGACCUUCGAGGCCAAGGGCAAAAGCAAGGGCAAAUACACCGUCAUCCUGAACGCGGGUGACGUCCCGGACGACCCGGACUACGAGGCCCAGCUGUUCAACAUGGCCUCGGCCGUCGUCACCAAGGAGACGUGCUACACGACCGACCCGGACGCCGACGGCGUGUCCUGGGACUGCCCCAUGCCCUACGCCCCCUUCGAGGUGUCCAACCUCACCUCGGGCAACGGCCUGCCGCACAACAGCGCCUUCCUGCCGCAGACGGUCGUCAUCGUGCACCAGUUCCGCGGACCAACCAACGCUUCGAUGCAGAUGCUGACGGAGCAGAUUGAGGGCUUGGUGGACCUAGGCAUCCACAGCACUUACUUCACGAGUGGUAGCUGGCACAACACUACCGAGAUGCCUGCGACGAUUGAAAAUGUAGCCAAGAUAAUGAGCACGGCUAAUGAUGCGGCGAGAGCGGACGACGAGCUCGCAGAGAAGUGGCGCAUGACUUGGGAUCCUCGAGAGAACAUCGUCGUGCUUCUCGGCCACUACCUCGCUUACGCCUCGGUUUCAUCAGCUUCAGAAGGGAGCUGCGAGAUUCUUACCACAUCCGAACAGAUCAAGCAUGUCCUGCUCUAG